ACCACCCCGCGCGCGAUCGACGCCGCGCAGCCGUUCGACUUCGAGUCCAAAGCGCGGAAAAAGAUCGAGAAGAGCCGCACGCUCACCAUCGGCAUCGUCGGCUUCGGCAACUUUGGUCAGUUCCUCGCGAAGCGCUUCGUGAAGUGCGGCCACGACGUCAUCGCGACCUCGCGCGGGGACUACUACGCGACGGCGAGCGAGCUCGGCGUGGCGUACUACCGAGACCCGGACGACUUCUGCGAGGCGCAUCCGGACGUGGUGAUCUUCGCGACGAGCAUCCUCUCCACGGAGACGACGAUAAACGCGUUUCCGACGCAGCGGCUUCGUCGAAACACGCUCGUGUGCGACGUCCUCAGCGUGAAGCAGUUCCCGAAGCAGCUGUUCCUCACGAAGCUGCCAGAAAACUUCGACAUCGUGUGCUUGCAUCCGAUGUUCGGGCCGGACUCGGGGAAGGGGAGCUGGAAGGAUUUGCCGCUCGUGUACGACAAGGUGAGGGUCGGCGAGGAAAAAAAACGCCGCGACCGCGUCGACCGGCUGCUGGGCAUCUUCGAACAGGAGGGGUGCCGCAUGGUCGAGAUGUCGUGCGAGGAGCACGACAUCCAGGCGGCGUCGUCGCAGUUCAUCACGCACACCGUGGGUCGAAUGUUGGGCACGAUGGAGAUGAAGGAGACGACGAUCAACACGAAAGGGUACGAGAGUCUGCUGAGUCUGGUGAACAACACGUACAACGACUCGUUCGAUCUGUACUACGGUCUGUUCAUGUACAACAAGAACGCGACGCAGGAGCUGAACCGUCUGGAGGCGGCGUUCAACGAGGUGAAGGGCGAGCUGUUCGACCGUCUGCACACGCUCAUCAGGGACGACAUCUUCGAA